AUGUUAAACAGCAGUACCGAUUAUUCCAUUACGGUAUUUCUUGAUGAAAUUUGGGUUGUGGAUGGUGUGGUGUGCGUGAAGAUAGUGGUGCGUAAUUUGUGGGUGCGGGAUGGCAGGAUUGGAUCGUUCUUCUUUUGGGAUUGGGUCAGUAGUGCAUGA